AUGGCGUCACCUGCCUCCAAUGACGCAGACGCAGACGCGACUGAGAACUUCCUCGAAAGCAUUAUCAUCUCCAGUGCUACGAGCUCGGAAGACGACUUCGGCUCUGUUCCGCCGAGCCCAGAGAUUGGCAUGGCCAGAGAAGGUGGAAGUGAGGUCAGCGGCCUAGAUCUGGAAGAGGAAGACGAGGAGGACGGUGCAGACGCAGAGCUACCUGGAACACCUGCGCCUGACGAUGAUGCUGCGUCCACAAUCGUAACCGGAAAUCAAAUGGCCAAACUGCUUCGAAUGCGCCAGACUCAGCAGUCACCACCGGAAAGCGCACAAAGAGCAAGCUCAGAACCCACAAAUCCUCAGCUUAUGACGCCAGCCCCAACGUGUCCGCCCACACGUCGCAGCGCCAGAGCCAAAAGCACACUCAUUUACGACCAAAAGUACCACCCAAUGGACGAUGUCAUUCGGCCGUCACAAGCAGCCAAGCGUCGUACAUUGCAUGGUGAGAAACCUGCACUCGUCGAUGACUUGGACGCAUUUUCCUUGGAAGAUUCGCGCUCCGACAUUGGAAGUAUAGUCGGCGACGAGGACAGUGAUGACGAGGAGCCGCAGCCGCCCACAAGAGGCCGCAAAAGGAAGCGGUCGACGUCUCGAACUCCAGAGCCUACUCGACGUUCUUCGCGCAGAAGAACGAACCCUAAGGUGUCCUAUAACAUGAAGAUUCACCCUCAAGACAGCGACUUGAAGCGGGUCUAUGCAUGCGACGGGUCGAAGAGCUCACCAUCACCAACUAAGCAGGUGAACUCCAGCAAGAACAGCUCUCCCAGCAAGAAGGGGUCACUAGAGGACUUUGAGCAGGCAUGUCGCUCGUUGCUUGCAGACGAUUCGAGAGAACCCUCACCUGAGCCAUCGCCAGAACUCUCUCCUCGACGGACGCUCGCUCCUGAACCUACCAUAAAGCGUCCAAAUAAAUUUGUCGACGCAUACCCAGACUUGCGCCCAGAUAUUGCAUACCUCGCCGGUGAUCAUGACGUAUGGCCAGAGGUGAAGGGUCUACAAUUCCACAUCUUUACAGAACGCAUGGAAGAUCAAUUGAACGCAGAAGCGGAAGCAGCCUCGCCUUUCCACUACGAAGAUGACGACAAAGAGAACGACGUGACCAAUCCCGAGCUCGUACCCAGACCGAAUCCUCUCGAUGGCAUUUCCAUCAUACCAGCAUCACACUACCGGCGCUCUCCAGGACUCUACGCGCUACCAGGUCACAGUUCGAUAGCCAGCAACGCGUUCUAUGUUAAUCCUCAGUUUGAAGCGUCACCGUACGGCCUGGGCUGGAGCGAUGGCGCCCAUGACUUUGACAACAGUGAUACGCACGAUUGUCCGGUUCCUGACUACAUGCGUAUCCUGGCAUCUAGUGAGAACCUGCCUCGAGCCUCUCCACCUAUGGAGGCUCGCUCACACAGAGAUGACACUGUCGUGAGCUCCUCUCCAGUCCGGAAUCUUGAAGGCCUUGAACUUCUCCGCUGA